CUUAGCAGACAUACAGAUGUCUCCACUUAUCCUGUUUAUUUCUGUAGCAGCUACACAGAAAUGCCAUAAUUCUGCUGUCACUCUAAAUAGAGGGGAACUUCUUAACGGAAUAACUUUUUAUCCUCAUGGAGAGCUAAAUAACUCAGAAAAUGUUUCAGAGCUGGCACACAAUUUACUGGAUAUAGUAGGUCUCAGUUUUUGAAAAGUAGAUUUUUAUUUUUAUUUUUACAAUACUAGGAUUUCUAGAAACAUUGAUAAAGUUUUUUUUUUGCCUUUCCCCCCAAAUUUUUAAACUUGCAAUUUCAAGGAAGUUGAAUUCAGGGUUUUUUUUGUUUUUCUGGGAGGAGGGGGUAUAAGUUACGGUUUUUAAAUUGAGAGCUUUAACUGAGAUUAUUUUGCAAUGUCAACUGUGGUAGUUGAACUGGAUAAUCUUUCUCCAGAAGACACUGAGAGUGAAAAUGAUGCCAAGUCAGUUUUUAGUAAAGCUAAAUCCAAUGAACUACAUGCUGAUUGCUGCAGUCUUAAACUUCACUCCUCACACUCUGCACCUGUUGGUAUGAACACAAGCAGGAGUGAAACAGUGAAAGAGCCUCCAUUGAAGCCCUCUAGAAGAUCCAUGCCAUGCUUAGCACAGAGCCAAACACACCCUCACUGUCUUAGCAAACAUUCUUCAUUUCUUCAGCCAAAUAGGCUCCAGCCACAGGCUCGGCCUCUGAGUGCAGGCACUUCAACAGCUACAGUCAAUGUAGUGUCAGAACGAGCUAAAGUGAUGGAGACCCUUGAAAACAACUUACUCAAGUUGUCUAAUACAGAAUACAGUGAUCCAUUUUUAGAUAUAGGAAAAGACAAAGAUACAUAUACAGAUGAUUCAGAACAUGGGAAUUAUGAUUCUCGCACAGAUCAGUCUCUGCUUAUUCAAAACACAGUUACCAGACAGAAACCAGAACCUCGGAUUAAGUCAUCUUUGAAGAACGAGAUGAAUGCCAUAGCAUCAUCAGGCCUCUUCUUCAAAGACGGUAAAAAGCGCAUUGAUUACAUCUUGGUCUAUAAAAAGUCAAGUCUACAAAUAGAAAAAAGAAACACUUUUGAAAAGAACCUGAGGGCAGAAGGCUUAAUGUUAGAAAGAGAGCCAGCUAUUACGAGCAAUGACAUAAUGUUUGUUAAAAUUCACUGUCCCUGGGAUACGCUGUGCAAAUAUGCAGAAAGAAUGAACAUCAGGAUGCCUUUCAGGAAAAAGUGUUAUUACACUGACUGGAGGAGCAAAACCAUGGGCAGUUUGCAGAGGAAUAUCAGAGAGCUGAAAAGUUGGUUGCCCAGAAAUCCAAUGAAGCUUGACAAGGAGGCCCUCCCUGACCUGGAAGAGACAGAUUGUUACACAGCACCCUUUAGCCGAGCGCGGAUCCACCACUUUACAAUAAACAACAAAGACAGCUUCUUCAGCAACUCCACAAGAAGUAGAAUAGUGCACCAUAUGCUACAGAGAACGAAGUAUGAAGAUGGCAAAUCAAAAAUGGGUAUUAAUAGAUUACUCAAUAAUGGAACAUAUGAAGCUGCAUUUCCACCACAUGAGGGAAGCCACAAGAGCAGACAUCCCAUCAAAACACAUGGAGCUCAAAAUCACAGACACCUAUUAUAUGAGCGCUGGGCACGGUGGGGGAUGUGGUACAAAUACCAGCCUCUCGAUUUAAUCAGGAGGUAUUUUGGUGAAAAAAUUGGUCUUUAUUUCGCUUGGUUGGGAUGGUACACUGGAAUGCUCAUUCCUGCUGCACUUGUCGGGCUGUUUGUUUUCCUUUAUGGAUUGUUUACAAUGGAUUCUAGCCAAGUAAGCAAAGAGAUCUGCGAGGCAAAUGAAACCAUCAUGUGCCCUAUGUGCGAACGCAAUUGCACACUACAAAAACUCAAUGAAAGCUGCAUAUAUGCAAAGGUUACACAUUUGUUUGAUAAUGGAGGGACUGUCUUCUUUGCUAUUUUUAUGGCAAUAUGGGCUACAGUGUUUCUAGAGUUUUGGAAAAGGCGGAGAGCUGUGCUCACCUAUGACUGGGAUCUCAUAGACUGGGAGGAUGAAGAGGAAGAGCUGCGCCCCCAGUUUGAAGCGAAAUACUCCCAAGUGGAACGAGUAAAUCCCAUCACAGGAAAACCUGAACCUUUUCAACCCUUCCCUGAUAAACUUAGUCGACUGAUGGUGUCUGUCUCAGGAAUAUUCUUCAUGAUUUCUUUGGUACUCACUGCAGUGUUUGCAGUUGUGGUCUAUCGCCUGGUAGCUAUGGAACAAUUUGCAUCCUUCCAAUGGUAUUUUAUCAAAAAGUACUGGCAGUUUGCAACAUCUGGCACUGGAGUCUGUAUCAAUUUCAUGAUCAUCAUGUCACUUAAUGUUGUAUAUGAAAAAGUUGCUUAUCUCCUAACAAAUUUAGAACAUCCUAGAACAGAAUCUGAAUGGGAAAACAGUUUUGCCUUGAAAAUGUUCCUCUUCCAGUUUGUCAACUUAAACAGCUCUAUCUUUUAUAUUGCUUUUUUCCUUGGCAGAUUUGCAGGCCGUCCAGGAAAAUACAACAAACUUUUUAAUAGAUGGAGACUGGAAGAGUGUCAUCCUAGUGGCUGUUUGAUAGAUCUCUGCUUGCAAAUGGGAGUUAUCAUGGUUUUAAAACAAAUGUGGAACAACUUUAUGGAACUGGGUUAUCCGUUACUACAGAACUGGUGGUCACGACGCAAGAUCAAGAAAGGAGGGCAGUUAUUGGAGCAUAAAAUUUUACUACCUCAAUGGGAAAAAGAUUGGAAUCUGCAGCCAAUGAAUCUCCACGGCUUAAUGGAUGAGUACUUAGAGAUGGUUUUACAGUUUGGCUUUACCACCAUCUUCGUUGCUGCCUUCCCACUGGCACCUCUCCUGGCAUUGCUUAACAAUAUUAUAGAAAUAAGACUAGAUGCUUACAAGUUUGUUACCCAGUGGAGGAGACCUAUGCCUGCAAGAGCAACAGAUAUAGGUAUCUGGUAUGGAAUCCUUGAAGGAAUUGGAGUCCUGGCUGUCAUAACUAAUGCAUUUGUUAUUGCAAUUACUUCUGACUAUAUCCCACGUUUUGUCUAUGCAUACAAAUAUGGCCCUUGUACAGAUGAAGGAUACAGACAGGAAAAAUGUUUAAAGGGAUAUGUCAACAGUAGUUUAUCAGUAUUUGAUCUGAAUGAGCUUGGUAUGGGAUACUCAGGAUACUGCAGAUAUAGAGACUACAGAGCGCCGCCCUGGAGUUCAGCUCCUUAUGAGUUCACCUUGCAGUUCUGGCAUGUCCUAGCUGCGCGGCUGGCUUUCAUUAUUGUAUUUGAGCACCUUGUUUUUGGAAUAAAGUCUUUCAUUGCCUACCUGAUCCCAGACAUGCCCAAAGACUUGUGUGACAGAAUGAGAAGAGAGAAGUACUUAGUCCAGGAAAUGAUGUAUGAGGCUGAACUAGAGCACUUGCAGAGAGAGCGGAAAAAGAAUGGGAAACAGUAUCACCAUGAAUGGCCUUAGUUGAUACCAUAUAGCAGCAAAAACAUUCCAUAAAAAUUGACUAGUGCAGGUCUCAAAUGAAGGUAGAUCUGACAAUGAGGAGCAGCGUGCAUAUAUGCUGCUGUUGGGAAAAUAUAUUAGCAGGCUUUGCUGGGUACUGAAAAAUACCUGCCUCCAAGGAAGAAAAUGAAUAGACAUAUCUGUCACUGGUCUGUGGUCAAUACCAGGAGUUGCUAUCAGUUCAUUAGAAAAUGUAAUGAGGGGUUGAGCACUUGGACACAUCAGUAAAGCAAGUUGCAAUGGACUUUCAUCCUAUUCAUCAAGUCAGCAACAACAUAAUGAAAAUAAAUACAUUGUCUGUAAAACUUUCAUAUUAAGGGCAUGACUAAAAAACAAGUUAUAUAUCAUCUGCUACUUCUGAAGCUUUUGAUUGCUCAAUUAAAGUUGUAAUGCCUAUGAAAAAAAUAUGAUUAAUUGUUGCCUUUGUGGCCAUAAAUUGAUGUUAAUGAUCCUUGAAGCUUACUGUUUGUCAGGUUUGUUCUAGUCUCUUGGUGAGAUUGUGGAUCUGGUCCUGAUCUAAACAGGGGACACAAGGCUGUUAGAUAUAUACUAUGCAGUUCAAGGUUUGCACAUCACUUCUCAUCCAUCUAUCUUUAUAGAUAAAGCCAAAAAAUUCUAAAUUCAAAGAAAGAUCAGUUCCAUUGAAAGAAUACAUCAAUGCAUUGUUCAUGUCGCAGCUAUAUUUGAAAAGAACUGUGACUAUUUGAAUUGUCUUGCCAUUUUUAUAUACAAAAAGGCCAUCUCCACAUACUUCCAGACUAAAUGAAGAAUCAUUUCCAUGCUAAAUGUAGCAUGCAGAUGAAUAACUGUGUCAAUAUUAUUUUGUUUGAUCUACCUAGACAGUGAUUCUAUGACUUCGUAAAACGUUGACUUGAAAUGUUAUAUCGCAGUGCAAAUAAUUUACUCGUGUAUUUAUAUAGUUAACUUUACAGUAUGCAAGCUACUGUCAUUUAUGCAGAUAUAUAUCAAAUAUAAAGUAUAACAUCAUGACUUGCUUGUUCAGGGAAAGAGAAGCAGAGCAUUUUAUAACAGUGCUCUGUUUAUUCCAGUAAUGUACAUUCCUUAUAUUGGGCUACAUAAAUCAAAGCAUGGGGAAAACUAUGUAUAUUACUGUUAGGAUUAGAUUUUUUUCUGCUUUUAUUCCUUCUUGGGAUAAUAUUUUUUCAAAAUCAGCAGAAAAAAUAAAUGUUCUCAUAGAGAAUUGAACUUCAGUUUUCACAUCCAUACAGGAUACUGCAGUGUCUGUUCUGGUUAGAGUCAUGAAAUUGUCUUCAUUUUUAAUAUUUCAUAAUAUGGGAGAAAUGAAGUACUAAACUAAAACAAGUGUACAGGAUUCACUUAUGGAAAAGGGGGAAACUAAAAUUGUCCUGCUUCUCAUUUGUGCAGUUUUUUAAAAAUGGUUCUUAUUUCUAUCAGAUGAAAAGAAAAAAAUCAGAGAUAAUUUGCUUCAGUUUUAAGACUCAAGUUAGGAUGCAACAAAGCACAGUAACUAUAGCAAAGAUAAAUUCUAAUGUCAAUCUUAAGGAUAAAGCUGCAGUGAAAUCACUCAUGGGCUGCAGACAGUGAGAGGAGUUGAAGUUUUCCUUUUCAGAAUACCUUAUUUAGGUAACAAGUAUAAUUCCAAUGUUUACUUGCAUAAAUCCAGAAUGCAUCUUAUUUUAUUAUUUCAAUGCCAAUGAAAGAAGAAAUAUUUUUCAUAUGAACAUUAUGUUAAUGUACCUUUCUGUGGGUCUGAUCCAAAGCCCAUUAAAGUAAAUGGAAAGACUUCUGCUAUCUUCAUUGAGCCCUACAUCUGACCCUUACUGAGGUUUACUGGGUUGUCUAUUAAUGAGAAAAUCCAGCUUUUUAUGACCAGACAAGAAAACUGCCAAGGUUUCCACAAUUUGGCACCAAUGGGGAUCUAAUCAAAGUUUAUUAGCCAAAAAUUCUACAGCGCUAGCUCUGUAGAACUGAGACUUUCCCAUGCUUCUAUUCAAGAGGAAGGGUUUCCAUUUUACUCUGUUUACACUGUAUUCUCAGUGUCACAUGAGUCUUAAUAAGAAAUUCUUAAUGUGCUUCUGUUUUGUGCUUAAGACUCUGUAUUGUCUGGUUUAAUGUAUUAACUCUCCAGCUUUAUAGCAUCCUAGUUUAAUUUUAUCCAUUAACUAGCAUAGAGUCACAAAUGCUAUGUCUUUUAAUGUUUUAACAACAUGCCUUGACUGGAUCACGGCAGAAGGACUGGUAUAAAUUUAGCCAAAAAUUAGGAAGAAUGAUUAAUAUUUCUACAUGUUUUUUUCUUGCCUGAUGAUAUUUUCACAUAUCAAUAUAUAGCUGGAAGAAUUCCAGUUGGGCAUUAAAAAUAAAGUAUGGUCUUAGAUUUGGAGAUGUACAGAAGUCUUCUAUAACAACUUUCAGUGUUGAAAUAUAAAAGUAUGCUAGAUAGGAAUAUAUAAAUUUGACAUUGUUCAGUUAAUUUAAAGUGCUGUGAAAGCACAAGAAUGUCUGAAGAAAUAUUAUGUGUUUUUGUUCCUUUGUUUCUAUAGUGUAUCAACAAUGUCUAAAGGCUUUGCCUCUAUAUAGGAAUUUGUUUUAGCUGAGUACAUUUCUGCUAGAUUUCAUUUAGUGUGGUGUUUGCAUAAAAUGCAAAUCAUCUGACAAAUAUAUAAGGCACACUCUGUCCUCAGGAAUUAUGUAUUAUGUGAAUGCUGAUUACCUAUAUUUUCAUAUUCUAGAUAUUUGUCUUUCCAAAUAAGUGACCAGUAUAAAUGACUUGUACAUGCAAGCUGCAUUUAUGAAGUCUCCAAAGCUGAAGAGUUUCAAAACGUAGCAUCUGUGCAAAAAUACUUUAGAUUAUUCCUGAUCUAGUUUAUAAUACAUUUGUUCUAUGCAUGCACCUUACGAGAAACCACAAGAGGCGGUACAGUACAGCUUUUUAAAUACUGUAUUACAGAUCCAAGUUACUAGUACAAAAUGUCUUAACUAUUCCUAACUGAACUCAGUGUCUUGAUACAAUCAAAAAGGAACCUUCAUUCUAGAAAUUAAAAAAAUCCAUCAAUUUAGCAUUCAUAUUUUUCAUCAGCUUAUAUUUUAAAUUUGUGCUUAACAUGUGAGAUCAGAAAUCUGGUGGUUAAGAAAAGAAAAACAAUUAUCCAAAGAAUCUUGUUGCAUCAGCCUCACUAGUAUUUACUUUCUGCCACUGAAUGUGAAUGGAUCAAUAUGUAGAUUAACAGCUCAGUAUUCAUACUUCAACACUGACUGGAAUUUCUAAAGUCUAAGUUUGGACUCUUAGUACAACAGUACUGUGUUAAUGUACACUAGGGAACUUUUAGUGCAUGUCAUUAGUGUCUUCAUGGGCCAAUUAGUGUGCAACCAUGGCAUGCUUUGGAAUUCACAUCCCUCUAGUGCUCAUGGCUGUGCCAUGUAAAUAAGCUUCUGAUUGGCACUUAGAAUGUAAACGCCCACCAAAGGAUAAUACACACUCACUGCUGGAUUUGGGCAUCCUUUUAAGGUGUUUUAAAGGUGAAAACUAGUCCCUAACAUGUAAUUUUUUCCCUAGUACUCUCCUCACACGACCCUUACAUAAAGGUAUUGUAGAGAAAUUUGAGAAUACCUUUUAAAGCUGAUCUCAAAAACAACAAGCCUAAAGUUUCCAUGCAGAUAAUAUACCAUAAUUCUUUUUCUUUAGAAAUAUGUUAUUUCACUUUUACACAAUAAAAGUGUAAUAUUUUCACAAUAAUAAGCACAUCAAGUGAACUGUUACUGUGAAUUGUACAUGUGCAGGGGCAGUAGUUCUCAAACUAUGUUAUAUGGACCACCAAGGAUACACAGGGCCCAAGCAGUAUGGAUUUCAAAAGGUAGACCCAUAAAAGGAUCCCUCCUAUGAAAUAUUCUACAAAAAGAAAAAAAUAGCUUGGGAAUCACAGCUUUAGAGUAGGCAGUGAUUUUGCUAUUUGCAUUUUGUAAUAUUUAUUCCUCUGGGUUAGCUCAUCCUAAAUAAAAAAACAAAAUAAUUUAAGAUCUACAAGUAGUUUGCUUUGAGGGAUUUUCUUACUGUGACUUACUCUCUUGUAAAUUGCAAAAGCUGACACUGACUCAGAGAAUUUGUGGGGUGACUAAAACCAUUGUCAUUUACCUGUGAUAGUUCAUCUGCAGGAUUGUGCCGUGAUAUGGUUCAGUCCACAUCCAUUAACAUAGGCAUGUUAACAAGAGUUAUUUCAUUUUUUGUUUCAUUUGAAAUCCCCCUUCUUCACUUUAAAAAUCAUGUGGCUAUUAUGAUAUAGAUAAUUGCAUUUUAGCAUAAAUUCUCACUCAAACAAGUGUAAACAAACUCUCUUUAACAUUUAGUGAGCAACAGGUUUAUAAAAAAAUUCAUUUUACUUAAGUAACUUCAUAUGAAAAGAAAAAGUUAUAGAAAGAUAAAACUAAAUAAACCUUCAUAUGGGAGGCGUGAUAUAAAGAUGGAAAUAAUUGAGAAAUGCAAAGUAGUUUAGGGGUAAGUUCACUUAACAUUCCUAAUAAAAGCAAUCUUCUAUCCAACAGGAAAUUUUUCCUGUUUCGUAAUUUUCACAAAAGAAUGAGGAUGAUCACUCAGGACAAACGUAUGGAAAUAGAACAUGCAAUCAUGUUUGUGUUUUUACAUAAUAUUGCAGCUGAGACUAAAACUCGCAGGCAAUUUGGUAUGUAGACAGACCAUUAUACAGUGAAAAAUCAAAGAAAUUAUUAAGCCUGACACAGCACAACCACGUAUAGUAUAUACUAUACUAAUACAUCUAAAGGAUAACUUUUCAAAAGCUCUUAAGUCUCUUAUGAAUGUACACCCCAUUGAAAGUCACUUAUACUGUUAAUCCAUCCUCUUUAUCUCCUCCCAUACUGUAUCCAUAUUGGUAAAUAUAUAUAUAUAUUUUACAGUGGUAGAAUGUAACAAUCCAACAUUGUAAAAAUCCACUAAUGAGCAGAUGCAGUAUGUUCCUGAUCCAGUGCCUAUUAAAGUCAAUGUAAAGACUCCCAUUGACUCCACUUGGCUUUGGAUCAGGCUCUAUAUUGGUUGUAAUCAAGAAUAAGAGGUUUCAGAGUAGCAGCAAUGUUAGUCUGUAUCCGCAAAAAGAAAAGGAGGACUUGUGGCACCUUAGAGACUAACAAAUUUAUUUGAGCAUAAGCUUUCGUGAGCUACGGCUCACUUCAUCGGAUGGUUGCGGUUAAGUUGCUGUAAUAGCUUUCAUGCUUCAUUUCCUUCUCUUUGGAGGUUUAUUAUUCAUUCUGGCCAAACUCUGUGCUUAAUUUAAAGGUAACUGGAUGGCCGAGGGGAUGGGCGAUGAGACAAAGUCUUUCAUUUUUAGAUCACAAUUAGAUCCUAUCCAGGUGGAUUAACUGAUACUGUCUCAGUGAAUUACAUGGCCCGAGUCCUGUUUCUAAUGAACAAUUGUCUACAUCACAAAAACUCCACCAGAACUGACACCUGUUGGCAUUCUCAGUAUCAAGGCCAAAGUUGGUUAGCACAGAUACUGAGCUGUUGGAUGCAUCUUCCGGGUCAGAGUGCACUUUGACAGAGCAGUGUGGGGAAGCACGCACUGCUGCUGCAUCUGCAGCUUCGUUUUCCAGAACUGUCCAUCCAGCACCUUUCAAAAUCAGUGCAUUCCCACAUACAUUCUCAAAAUACUGAAAUCUCAAGAUCCUGUGUCCUUCUCUAUUGUAUAAUGUUAACAUAUAUAACUUGACUUAACUGAGAUCAUUUUGAAACCAUCAGCACUGGGUUUGUAUUGAUAGUUUUGGCCUCAUCUUUACACUGUAAUAUCAUAUGCUGCCACCUUGUAUUGGCAUGGUUUAGCAUCACCAUGACAGCACAACUUCAUUAUGAUAGUACAGCUAGGGAGUGCAUAGAAAUCACUUUGUUGUUCCCUAUAGAAGUAAAUCUUUAAUGCAGCAUGGUGAUUUAGCCAUGAAAUGUUAAUUAUUCUUAUAGCUGAAUAUCUGUGCACUGCAUUAAAAAAUGUACCCUUUAAUGUCUCCAUUGGCUUGCACUAACUUUUUUGCCAUAGCCUUUGUAUUGUAACAUAUUCUGCAUAGGCUUGCAUUGAUAUUGCUAGGAAUUUGCGAUUAGGAUGCUAAUAGUUGAGAAAUUAGCAUUAAACCCAAUGUAUUUUAAUCACAUGGAACGUGGCAGUUGCUCUUCCCAUCCCACACUACCCCCAAAAAGAAUAAAACAAAAGAAUCUGAUCAUCUUUUUAUUUUGUGUUCCAUUUAGAUGACUCGGAAUCUUGAUUUGUACAGUCUGCCAAAUUGUUUAUCCUAAUUUCUAUAUAGGUUAAUAAUUCGUAUCACUAAAAUUUCAAUUGUUUGGAAAGAAUUGUGUGUAAAAAUGUUACUAAAUAACAAAGUUAAAUCAUUUUUACUCUAAUAAUAGUCCUGGCUGACUUGCAAUAUGAUCAUAGGAGAUUUCUAAAUACAUUUGUGUAUAUUUGAAAUUUAUGUAAUAUUUAAAUACAACUUGGUUUCUAAGUAAAGAAUUAGGGAAAAAACUUCCUCUAUUUUUUCUAUUUACAAGUCCAAACUUUGUAAGUAAUAUUUAAAAUGACAUUGCAAUACUUACCAGAAAAUGUUUGAGAAGAAUUGACUUUCAAGUACUACAUGCUAAAAGUCUGUGGCCUAUUAAUUAUUGAUUUUUUUUUGUGUCUAAGAUUACUUUUUGUGACCCUAUGAAUAGCCUGAAACUUUAAGAAUUCAUACAGGAAAAAACAGUUAUGUUGUACAAAAGAGAAGGCUUUUUUUUUUCCUGGAAAGUGAUUGAUCUGAUUAACUGUUGUAAGACACUUUGGGCAUAAAUUUGUCCUUCAGAUGCUGUUUAUCAAGGUUUACAUGUAUAAAUUCAACUACUUAUUGUAUCAUACACAUUUGAAUAUUGCAUUUUUCAGUAAUAAACUUGGGUAUCUUUAAA